AUGGCGAUUCUGGAAGUGAGCACCAUCUCGUGCGCCAUCUCCAUUUUCUCAAGCCGUUUGAACAGCACUGAGCUGCUUACGUCGAGGAGAGAUGGAUAUGCAUUGGUCUGGAUCGCUGCCACGCUUCCAUCAAAAGCCAAUCUCACAAACUUCAAGAGGCUUUCAAAGAAGGAUAUUUUAAAUUUUUCAGUUCCAGCAUUCUGCCAAACGCUGCAGGACCCUCCUGAGCCACUAGCGCUGCGUUUAUCUUCCAGCCUACUCAUCGGUGUUGUCAGAAUCUACGAUAAGCGCCUCAUGUUUUUCGAGCAUGACGUCCAGCAGGUCCACAACAACCUCCUCAAAGCCAUCAACAAUACGGAAAUGAGCAGCGACGGUGAGAGUAUCAACUUGCUGCAGCAUCGAGCACGCGUCGAUCAAAUUACUCUCGAUGCCAAUCAACUUCACGCGCCUGAUAACAUACAGAAUCUCGAUCUGAGACUGCAAUUGGCUGAGAUUGAUGUUACUGCUGGUAUGACCAAUGCACUUCAAGACAGCAACAUCGCCUCGCUCACUGCAUUUGACAGCCAUUCCAGUGGGAUUGGUAGAGCUGAUCCGACGCAGCAAGACUUGCUAUUCGAUCCAAUGAUACCUAUGAUGCCCAUGGAUUGGAGUAUCUCCAGUCAUGCUCCUCUUGGUCCUGAUAUUCCCGCUAAUGUUGCUCAAUCGGCGUCUCAUCAGUUCCUCCAAGAUCGUCCACCUUCGCGACAGAUUGCUGCUGGAUUCGAUGACUGGGGUAUGCCUUCGGAAGAUAUCCGUCGCGAUUUCUUCGAGGACAUAGCUCAAAAUGUCAGAGAAGAGGGAUUGGGUGAGAACUUUUUCAAUUUUGAUAUCCCGCUCGAGGGCGUUAAAGCUCAGUCUGUCGAAGAGCGCAGAAGAUCGAGAGAACAAGGCAGCCAACCUAUAUCUUCUUCUCCAUUGUCUUCACUCCCACAAGCAGCAAGGCCAAAGAAGCGUAGGAGACUCGUUGUCGACAGCCGUCUUGACUUGUUAGAUGAAGAAUUGCGAGGAUCACGUGACAAUUACUUGCAAAAUAUGGAGAGGUAA